CUCUCUCUCUCUCUCUCUCUCUCUCUCUCUCUCUCCCACUUGAUUCGACGAAGAUGACGGAAUCUCUUCAGAUCUCUCGGAAGAGGAUGCGAUUCUCGGCUUCUUCAGCCAGUGAGAUCCUAGUCACAAGCAAAUCAGAGUAUCAGAGAAACCGGUCUAGCCGAAUCGAACCCACCGGGGGGGACGGACUGCGUUUCAAUCAGUCGCCAUCUGUCACCGGAAAGAUUACUCCGAAAGUUCUUCGCACGUAUCCUCGAGUCACCAUCAAAGAUCUGCGUCUCAGACGCGUGUUUACUCCCACCUCCAUCUCGGAAUUCAAAACCAAGGAAGAUAAAUAUCCUUGCGAUUCCAACAUUAGGGAAGAAGGAACCAAAGUCGAUGCUGGUGGAUUAGGGAAUGAACAUGCAAAAGAUUUACUUAAAACGACGCCGCGUGAUUCCGAGGGUGGACCUGUCUCUGAAGAGAUCAAUGGAUCAGUAGCGAGGAGAAGUGGUACUAAUGUCUGUCACAAACCGGUUCUUCAUCCAUGUUCUCGACCUAAGAUAUUCAAGAACCCUGGAUCCUUCAGCUACAAGAGACUCCUUCCGUACUUGAUGCAAGCUGCAGAUGAAACUCCAUCAGCCCAGAAUCCUCCUAAUGUUAAUGAAGAGAAUGGGGAAGUUGCUCAAGUUCCAAAGGAGGAAGCAAGUGAACAACUGAUGAAAGCUGAAUGUGAACUUCCUGAACCCACCAAAGAUGUUGCUCAAUCAGUGGACGGACUCAUUAGUAAAUAUUUUGCAAGUGGAAGCAACAGCCCUUUGAAGAAGGUUGAACCCACCAAAGCUGUUGCGCAAUCAGUGGUAGGUGGAAACACCAGCCCUUUGAAGAAGGUUAUUGCGUCCAGCCCCAACAAAAAAUAUGCAUGCUCUAGGCGCAAGUUGUUCAAAACACCAGGUUCAGUUAAUUACAGAAGAAUGCUUCCAUAUCUCAAAGAAAUUCAAGAAGAUAAUCCUUGCGUGCCUGAGACAUUUAAUCAUCCAGAGCAUAAAAAGAACACAGAGGAGAAUACCCCAUCAUCGAUGUUAGUGUCUGAGAAUGAAGGGACAGAAGAUAUGGUGACAUCAGAUGUUGCUAGAGAACCAGAUACAUGCUCUAACGAAGACAAAGAGCUAGUUCCGUGCGAAGCUGUUUCUGUAUCCCAAGAAGAGUCUGGUACUGACAAGGAACAAGAAACUCAAGUUAAGCAUGUCAUCCCAGACACUGAGAAGAACUUGGAAACUCCUCACAAUGCUUUGGGCUCCGAUGUCCAGUUCUCAUCUCCUAUUACUGGCUCAGGAGAUUCAACUGAGGUUUCUUUAUCUGCAUUGAACAACAUAUGUGUCCAAGACUUGGCUGGUGAAGAAAUUAUGAAAACAAACUCUGAAAACAGAGAAGAGCAAGUAGAGGCAAAUGGUUCGGAUUCAACAGCUGAGCUGCUUGAUCCUUCUCCUGUAUCUGGAACUCCCACAUCCAUCUCUCCAUCGAAAGGGAUUCUGAAAAGGAGUAUCAGAGGAUGUAGAGGGAUAUGCUCUUGUUUGAACUGCUCAUCCUUCCGUCUAAACGCAGAAAGAGCAUUCGAGUUCUCAAGGAAUCAACUACAAGAUACUGAAGAAAUGGUUUUGGAUCUUGUUGGGGAAAUAUCUCAUCUCAGGGAGAUGUUGGAGAAAUAUUGUUCAGCAGAUCACAGUGAAUCCAACAAAAUUCAGGCUGGAGAGGCUGCAAAGAGAGCUUCUGAGGCUGCAGAACUUGCAGAAAGCCGCCUUUAUCAGAUGAACAAUGACCUUCAAGUUCACUGCAGAAUCCCCAACGAACAACGAGCAAGAGUGAAGUUCGCUCACUACGUCCACGAGAAGACCAUCAUAGAAGCAUCCCAAUCUACACAACUUGACCCCUAGACCCACUCUGAAGCAACUAGGAUCCUUUUCAACUGUCUUACAGAUUAUAUCCAGUUUUCAUGUUCUUUUUUAUUUUGAAAAGUGAAAGGUAUCUUACCUGUCACUUUCAUUUGUCACUCUUGAGCAAAAAGAGAAACUAUAGAUCAUAGAUCAAGUUGCCGUUAUGCAUAUAGUCCUUGUGAUCAUAUUUAUUACC